AUGAAACAUUCAUCGGUUGAAUUAAACGAUUUACCUGAUGAGAUUCUUAUGCUUAUUUUGAAAAAAUUGUACAAUGUUCAAGUACUUUAUUCUUUAAUAGGUGUUAAUAAACGACUCAAUAAAUUUGUACAUGAUUCAAUUUUUACAAGUCACUUAACAUUGAUGAGAUGUUUCUUAGAUGAUACCAUCGAUCCAUUACCUGAUCCAAUCCUUGAUCGAUUUUGUUUACAAAUCUUACAUGAAAUUCAUCAUAAAAUUCAAUGGCUUAAUCUUGAAUCAUCAUCUAUGAAACGUAUUCUUCUUGCUACAAAUUAUCCGAAUUUAUUUGGACUUGGUUUAUUUGAUAUUGAGAUAGAAACAGCUCUGUCUCUCUUUAUUGGUAAGAUAUUUUCUUCAAUUAUUUCGAUAAUUAAUUAA